CAUAAAAUAUUUCUUUCUCAGCAUCCGUAUAGAGUAAAACUACUCUGCAUAAAUUGGUACCGGAGUAUUAUAUAUAUAUAUAUAUAUAUAUAUAUAUAUAUAGCGAUAGCCCUAAUAAACGCGCAUUCAGCUGAAUUUCUACUCUCAACGCUCUGUUUCUCUCUCUCUCUCUGUGCAAAUCUUUUGAUCUUGACAAAUUUGGUGCAAAUGAGGGGAAGAAGUUACAGCCCAUCACCCCCAAGAGGUUAUGGAAGGAGAGGAAGGAGCCCAAUCCCCAGGGGGGGUCACUAUGGUGGUCGUAGCAGAGAUGAACCAACUACUCUAUUAGUGCGCAAUCUUCGCCAUGACUGUCGGCCAGAAGACCUUAAAAAGCCAUUUGGGCAAAUUGGUCCUGUCAAGGACAUUUACUUGCCGAGGGACUAUUACACUCGCGAACCAAGGGGGUUUGGAUUUAUCCAAUAUCUGGAUGCUGCUGAUGCAGAAGAAGCUAAGUAUCAGAUGGAUGGUCAGGUUUUUCAAGGUCGGCCACUGACCGUAGUUUUUGCUGAGGAGAACAGGAAAAAGCCUCAAGAAAUGAGAGCUAGGGAGCGUGGAAGUGGUAGGGGUGGCCGCAACUAUGAUCGGAGAGGUACCCCCACUAGGUAUCAUAACCCUCCUCGGUAUUCACGAUCUCCGCCUCCCCGUGGCCGUAAUUACUACUCUCCACCUAAGAGAAGGCAAUAUUCAAGGUCUGUUUCGCCUGAAGAGAAAAGAUACAGCCGCGAGAGAUCAUAUUCACAAUCCCCUCCAAGGGAGGAGUCUCCACCAUUCAAUGGGUCAAGAAGCCGCAGUCAGAGUCCAGUCAGGGAGCAUGCUCCGCCUUAUGGUUCCAGGAGUCACAGCCGGAGUCCAGUUAGAGCACGUUCUCCAGUUAGGGGUCACAGCAGGAGGCGGAGCCCUAGUCAAAGCCAUAGCAGGAGCCCUGAUGCCGUUCGUUAUUCCAGGAAUCCCGACAGCAACGUGCCCCCAAGGCGCUGACGCUGAACUCUCCUUCCGAGGGCGAAUGCUGUAGUUUGACCGUCGUGAUGUGAUUUUCAGUUUAAUUAGUUUUCCCAUGGGAAUUCAGCAGUUGCCAGUAGUGACAUUCCAUAUGGGAUUAUUUUCUCAACUUGCCUCUUUUGCUUGUUUGUACCUUAUUAGUAGUACUUAUGGAUUGUGGAUAACAUUGCUCUUUCUUCAUGUGUGGCAUUUGACUAUUGUGAGACUCAGUAUAUUGCUAUUGUUGCCUCUCUUCA